AUGCAGGCAAAGCACAAGGAGUUGCUGGAGAAAUUUUACCCGAACUUCGUGGAGGAUAUCUCGGAUGCAGAUCGCCUGGUGGACACCCUGGUUCAGUCCGAGGCUCUGUCCCAGUCCGAGGGCUUCGAGAUCGGCCACAAUUGCACGUCCAACUCGGAGAAAGUGGAUCUGCUUUUGAAGAUACUGCUACGGAAAGAGAGGGACUAUUUCUCGGAGUUUUGCAGCGCUUUGCAGACGGUAAACUCACGCUUGCAUGGGAUGUUGGUGAGCGAGACGGGACCAGUGGAUCACACGACUGGCUCCACUUACAGCGUUCUGUCCACGAUGCCGUCCGACUCCGAGAGCAGCAGCUCCCUCAGCAGUUUAGGUGCCCCGGCCCCAGCCUCCUCCCCUCCCCCCGCGCUCCUGGACUCCCCCCUGGUCAGCGAGAAGAUGGAGACCGUCCUGUUCCAACUCCGACAAGUGACGCGAGAACGAGACGAGCUGCGCAAACGCCUCGCCCUCUCCUCUCCUGGGACCACCUUCGACGACUGCAGACCAAACUCCAAAACAGGCCACGAUUACGAGCGCCUGAAGCUGCAGUGCAUGAAGGCGAUGGCCGACCUCCAGUCUCUGCAGAACCAGCACAGCAGCACUUUAAAGCGCUGCGAGGAGGCCGCGAAGAAGGCCGACUUCUACCAUACUCUCCACAGCCGCAUGGUGAGCGAACAGUCUCAGAUGAAGGAGGAGCUGGAGCUGCUGCGACAGGACAACAUCCAACUGGUCCGAGAACACAACCACGUGAAGCAGGCCUGCGACGACCUGCGGAGGCUGCACGAGGAGGACCAGAGGGAGGUGGCCGAGAUGAGGGGGCUGCACCAACAGGUGAUGAGAGAAGGCUCCUCGGAGGUCCUGACCAAGCUCUACGACAGCGCCGUGGACAAGUUCGAGGCUCUGAAGAGCGACUACGAGACUCUGAGGAAACGGUACAACGACAACAUGGCGAGUCACAACGCAGACCUGAGCCGCCUGGACCAGACCGAGGAGGAGAACCACCAGCUCCAGAAGCAGCUGGAGGUCCUGCUCAAGCAACGGGACGCCGCCUUCCACUACCAGCAGCAGUACUCCUCCUCCAUACGCAGGUUCGACAGCACACAGCAGGAGCUCUCCAAAGCCGCCUCUCAGUACAAAGAGCUGCAGCGGGAGAUGGAGCGUCUUCAGUCCGAGACCACGAGACUGAAGACCCAGCAGCUGAAGGCCCUGAAGGACUGCGACAAGUACAAGGAGGAGCGAGAUUCAGUGAUGUGCGAGUACCGGCUGAUCAUGAGCGAGAGAGACCAGGUCAUCAAGGAGGUGGACCGGCUCCAGAGCGGACUGGAGGCGGCUCAGGACAAGCUCCGGAACAGCAGCUCGGAGCGACGCGUGGCCAACGAGGAGAUGGAGGCGCUCAGACAGGAGCUGUCGUCGGCGCUGGUGGACCGUGACCGUGCCAUCUGCGAGAAGAACGAGCUGCUGGAGAAGUACUGCCACGAGGCGAAGGACAAGGCCGAGGCCCAGAAGGAGCUGUCCCAGGCCUGUAAGGACAUGGACACGGUGAGGGAGGAGAGGGACGUGGCCCGAAAGGAGAGGACCGAGGCCAUCAUCCAGAGGGACCAGCUGCUGCGAGAGUACUACCAGGCCAGACAGAAACAAGACUCGGCCACGCUGGACAUGGAGCGCGCGAACAAAGAGAUCGACGCUCUGAGGAAGCAGUGCGAGGCCGUGUCGCAGGAGCUGAAGGACGGUCUGCAGGAGGCCGAGGUCGCCAAGUGCAGACGAGACUGGGCCUUCCAGGAGCGAGACAAGAUCGUGGCGGAGCGCGAGAGCAUACGGACGCUGUGUGACAACCUGAGGAGGGAGAGGGACCGAGCCGUGAGCGAUCUGGCCGACGCUCUGAGGAACCUGGACGACACCAGGAAACAGAAGAACGACUCGGCCCGGGAGCUCAAAGAGAUCAAGGAGAAGAUGGAGACUCAGCUGGAGAGGGAGGCCCGCUUCCAUCAGCUCAUGGCUCACAGUUCUCACGACUCAGCCAUUGACACGGACUCCAUCGAAUGGGAAACCGAAGUGGUGGAGCUGGAGAAGCAGAGGGACAUGGACUUGAAGGCGCUUGGCUUCGACAUUGCUGAGGGUGUGAAUGAUCCGUAUUUACCCGGAGAUAUCGGCGUGUUUGUGAGUAAAGUGGACAAAGGAAGUAUCGCAGAAGGAAGACUCAGAGUGAACGAUUGGUUGUUGAAAGUGAACGACGUAGACCUGACCAAUAAGGACAGGAAGCAGGUGAUAAAGGCGGUGCUUAGCGGCGAGGGCGUUCUAAAUAUGGUCGUGAGAAGGAGGAAGUCGCUGGGAGCUCGCGUGGUCACACCUGUUCAGAUCAACCUGAGCGGAAGCAAAGAAAGUGGGAUUGGUUUGGAGAGUGGGGUGUUUGUGGCGACGUUGGCUCCGGGGAGUCCGGCCACCAGAGAAGGAGCUCUGACUAUCGGGGACCGGCUGCUUGCUAUAAAUGGGAUCGCGGUGGACAACAAGUCUCUGUCCGAGUGUGAGUCUCUGUUGAGAAGCUGUCGGGAUUCUCUCAGCGUCUCUCUGGUUAAGGUGCUCCGGUCUCCCCUACGCCCAUAG